GGUCUGUGCUGCUGCUCAUCAGCCACAGCCAUGCGCCGCUCAGUGACUGCCGCCCUGUUCCUGCUUGCUGGCACGACUAUUUGCUCGCUUGCGUCACCUCUACCUGUCGUUCCUGUGGCCGCUGGUGGUGUCACGCAGUUCAGGGAAGAGGAGUACUCUGUAAUACUCCAGCAAAUUGAUGGAAGCGCACUGGUGAGAUUUCGAGCGCCAUGUCUUACAUGUACAGGUACAGAAACGCCGGAUUUGCUGUUUGAGCUUUAUGUGAACCGAGCUGAGAGAGCUGGCGGCGGAACGGGUGUAUUCCUCAAUGGCAAUGAGCUGGACUAUCGCCGGAGUGCUAGCGCUGGACACGGCUCUGGAAUAGUCUCUCCACUGCCAGAUUCCCGAGAAGAUGAUGAAGUACUGGUUGAAUGGCGGAUUAUUCACAUUACUGCUCCGCCGGGAUCCGCGAAUGAAGAAGCGGCUCAACUGUUGACAGUAAAGGUGGAAAAGGUUGGGAAUCAACUUGUCGGAGGUGAUGUUGGAUUUUCGGCGUCCUUCUCACAGGCAGAUUCACCGAAAAUCCUGCGGUUAUGUACUCAUCUAUCCGAUCCGGAGGGGAAUCUGGACGCCUGGAGGGAUCCGGCCGACUCUGAUCGGCUGGAAAAUAUGCCGAAUGUCGAGUUCGUCGUGGAAGACCAAACAAGGACAGAAAUCAAGCAUCAUUGGCAGCAGUUACAAGAUAUGCGAACCCAACUAUCUAAGAUCGAGCAGCGCAUCCAAGCCGAGGAGCAUACAAUCCGGCGGCUCCUGCAACAGGACUGCUCCCCCUUUCUGGAGAAAUGGAAACGCUGCUCAAGCUUUGGAUGCAAGAUCAAGGUCUCUCUUGAAACAAUUCCCGAGAUGCUACAUCGACUUAGAUACAGCUUUGGGUCACUACCCUCAUCGUUACCCGAGCAGAUCUGCUCUAAUCACUACGAUGGGUCCUCCCGUUCAAAUGGAAUAGAAAGGCCGGAAACAUCGAAUUCAACUAGCAACAACCCACCAGUAAAUUCGGUAGACGAAGACCGAAAUCGCAACAUCACGCAUACGGAUGAAUCAAUACCGCCAGUGGAUUUUCCUUCGAACAAUGAAACAAGGAAGGUACUGAGGAAUUACGCAUGUUUCUUGCUCGCCCUCGCAAUCGGGCUACUGCUGUUCAAAUUCUACCGCAACACCAAUCAUUGUAUGCGGAAACGAGCCGACCUGGCCGCCAGGAGGGAAGAGCGACGGACGCGGCGCGCCUACCAGUCUGCAGCGCGUCGGCUUAGAUGGAAACAAUGGUGGGAAAGACGAUCAUACCAAGCCACGUCGGUUUCUUCGAGCCACGGGCUAGACGAGAUCCAGUAUGCCGAGGGUGCCCGGCAGCCAGCGGAAUCGGACCAGCCGGUUGAGCCGGAUGAUCAGGGCGCCAUGCAUGCUGAAAUCCUAGGCCUGCGACGGGUACUCGAGUUUGUGGGCGAGCUCGUUGGCCCAAGAGACAACUCCGACACGGACACCACCUAUCUGCAAGCGCCUCCGAGGUAUACACGCCGCUACCUGGGCUUGAAUGUUGCGUCGGCGCCGACAGCUGGACUGGCGAUGAGUAGUAACUCGCCGAUAAGCAGCAGCCUGCUGAGCCUCGACACUGUGUCCUCGCUUACGCUGGAUACUUUGGAAACCGGCGACAUGGAUCCACCGAGUUAUUCCAGAUGAGUACGGCGAGAAUCACGCCUCUCAACUACUCCAGAUAAACAUUUUCAAAAUACCAGUCUCCUCAUUAUUUUACGCAUCUCAUGUCUAGGGAGUGGAAGCAUUCGUUUCAGGAUGUAACUGUAAGUUCCUAGAGUGCUCAUUUUUUUGCUUUUGGCGUUUUUAUAUUCAGGUGGCUGUUUGUUUUCAUAAUAAGUAAUUAAGUAUCUAGACGAGGUUCAUGGGUCGCACACUAAUAAUGAGUACUGUUAAUGAGUGUCAAUAUUUUUUUUAUUUUGAAUUGAUUAAAUUCACAUGGUCAUGAAAAUAGAAGUAUUGUACAUUUGGG